UAUGGAUUCAAAAGAUAUAAACGUUGGGGUGUCCUCUAUUAACGACGCGCUACAUCGGAGCCCGGGUGUAGUGAUAAAUAUGCAAGGGUGUAGGGCGUUCACCGAAAGCGACGCGCCAUGCCGGCGCCCGGGUGUGGUGUUAAGUGAGCAAGGGUUCCCACAUCAUGGAUGGGUGUGGGUAAAGAAGUUAGUCCAUAGGACAGAUAGUAGAACAAAUAGUGGAACAGAACACAAGAUAGACAUAGAAAACAAUAGAAGAUAUCAUAGAAGGAGACCAAUUAGGAAGGAGCAGGAUAGGAGGAGGAUCAGGGUUGGUACUUGGAAUGUUGGAUCACUUACAGAAAAAUUAAUGGAGCUUGUGGAUACCUUGGAAAGGAGAAGGGUGAAUAUUGCUUGCAUUCAGGAGACUAAAUGGGUAGGAGAGAAAAGUAAGGAAGUGGGUAAUUCAGGGUACAAAUUGUGGUUUACCGGAAAUGAGAGAAACAAGAACGGAGUGGGUAUAAUCAUAGACAGAACAUUGAAAGAGGCAGUAGUAGCUGUGAAAAGAGUAGGAGAUAGAAUUAUACUAGUAAAGCUAGUACUAGAAGGAGAAACAAUAAAUAUAGUUAGUGCUUAUGCCCCACAAAUAGGACUAGACAGUGAGAGUAAACAAAGGUUUUGGGAAGAUAUGGAUGAUUUAAUGCAAAGCAUACCGAAUGAAGAGAAUGUUUUCAUUGGUGGAGAUUUGAAUGGACAUGUAGGAAGUGAUAGACAAGGUUAUGAGAAUGUUCAUGGAGGUUUUGGUUUUGGCAGUCGAAAUGAGGAGGGAAAAAGCAUCCUGGAUUUUGCUAUAGCAUACGACCUAAUACUAGCAAAUACCUACUUUAUAAAAAGAGAGUCACAUUUAGUUACUUUCAAAAGUGGGCAACAUAGAAGCCAAAUCGACUUCCUCUUAACCAGGAGGACAAAUAGAGCUCUAUGCAAGGAUUGCAAGGUCAUUCCAGGAGAGGCUUUAACAAGUCAACAUAGGUUGGUGGUCUUGGAUGUCAAGUUUAGGAACAAUUCAACUAAGGUCAGAAGAAAUAGUGUAGCUCGAACAAAGUGGUGGGAGUUCAAAGGAGAAAAGCAAGUGAAGUUCAAAAAUGAGCUUCUCGAGUCCGAAGUAUGGAAGCUAGAUAUGGAGGCCAAUGAUAUGUGGAUACAGAUGGCAUCAAAGAUUAGAGAAGUAGCUAGAAAAGUACUUGGAGAGUCUAAAGGACAUGGACCACCCUCAAAAGAGAGAUGGUGGUGGAAUGAGGAAGUACAAAAGGCAGUGAAGAGAAAAAGGGAAUGGUAUAAGAAAUUACCUAAAUGUGAUAAUAAUGAGGCAUAUGAACAAUACAAGAUAGCAAAGAAAGAGGCAAAAAAGGCAGUUAGUCAAGCAAAAGCACAGGCCUUUGAAAAGUUAUAUGAGAAACUUGAAACUAAAGAAGGGGAGAAAGAUAUUUAUAGAUUAGCAAGGAGUAGAGAAAGGAAAUGUCAAGAUCUCAAUCAAGUUAGGUGCAUUAAGGAUAAAGAAGGAAAAGUGUUGGUGAAAGAUGAGGACAUUAAAGAAAGAUGGAGAAAUUAUUUUAAUGAUCUCUUUAAUAAUAGUCAAAAUGGAAAUAAUGUGAAUAUAGAUUAUAGAACAAUAGAAAAGAAUAUAAAUUAUACUAGAAGGAUUAGAUCUUUAGAAGUAAAGGAAGCACUUAAGAGAAUGAAAGUGGGUAAAGCCUGUGGACCCGAUGAAAUACCAAUUGAAGUGUGGAAGUAUUUGGGAGAUAUGGGAGUGGCAUGGUUAACUAAAUUAUUUAAUAAGAUUCUAAACUCAAAGAAAAUGCCUGAUGAAUGGAGGAAGAGUAUUUUAGUACCUAUUUUUAAAAAUAAGGGAGACGUAUAAAGUUGCUCAA